UACUAAAGGCUGAGAUUAAGACUUGAGUUUGUUUUUUGUUUUUGUUUUUUCUCUAUUGCUCCUCCGUCUCACUGUGUGUGACUCCUCCCACACAUUCCUGUGUCUGAGAGGAGGAGGUAAGAAAAGGAAGGGGAGCCUGGUGGAAACACUCUGUGGACCCUGAUCCAGAGAGGAGAGAUGAUAAACAACAACAACAACAACAGCUCUCAGCUUGAAUGCGUCUGCUUCAGCCCUCUCUCACAUUUAUCGCUCUGUAUCUGAACCGACUGGACGCGUUUCGACUGUGUUUUUAUUUCUUUGCCUUCACUCCAAAAAGUUGUGGAGAACUUUCCGGUGGAGUUUGAGGUUUCCAGCCUGACUGUCUGCACUGCAACAGAGCCCCGCUGUGUUUGUGCUGCUGUUGCUGCUGCUGGAGGAGGAGGGGAAAAAACAACAAGGCCACAGAGAGUCUGUGUGGAGGAAAUCAUGGAGAUCCUGGACAGCAGUGAGUCGUUUCUUCACUGGGACAGGAACCUCAGCGAGCUGUCCGAGGCCGGAGAAAUCGACUGUGUGCUCAACACCACACACUUCUCCGAGCUGCUGGACGACCUCUCGCAGGAUGCUUUGCUGGGUCAGCUGCUCAGCGACCCCUUCCUGUCCGGGGGGAGAGACUCGGUGGAGUCCAUGGAGGGAGACGACGACGCCGACCUGUCCCCGUCUUCCCCUCUUCCGCCCCACAUCACCGCUGAGCACAGCUACUCGCUGUGCGGCGACAGCCGACCCCAGUCACCCCUGUCACACCUGACCGGAGAGCACGGCAGCGAAGCAGCUGAGUCCGAUGGCGAUUCAGCCGAGUGGCCUAUGGAGCAGGAGGAAGCCAUUGAGAGCCUCCUGUGUGAGACUCCCUCCCUGCUCCCCACGCUCUCCCUCUCUCUGGCCACCGGUGAGGGGCCCCAAACCUCAGAGGGUUCGGCCCUGGCCCCUGCUGCCACCUCGGUUCAGGUCACAGUGAACCAGAGCAAAGCCAUCAAGAUAAAGGAGGAGAAAAUCAGCCCUAAAAUUAAACUGGAGCCUCAUGAAGUGGACCAGUUCCUCAAUCUCUCACCAAAAGAUCUGGAGUCUCUGCAGAUGCCUCCCACUCCCCCGAGUUCCCACAGCAGUGACUCAGAGGGCAGCCAAAGCCCCGUUCACGCCCCGCCUGGCCUCUCCUGCCCCACAUCCCCCACCAGCCCCCCUCCAUCCCAGGCUGGCCUGAAGGUGUCACCACGAGGUGCUUCGUCCUCCCUCUCCAACUCGCCUCUGCUCACUGCUCCUCAUAAACUGCAGGGUUCUGGGCCACUGAUCCUGACCGAGGAAGAGCGCCGCACGCUGGUGGCUGAAGGUUACCCUGUUCCCACCAAACUCCCGCUCACCAAAGCUGAGGAGAAGGCACUUAAGAAGAUCCGCAGGAAGAUCAAGAACAAGAUUUCAGCUCAAGAGAGUCGCAGGAAGAAGAAGGAGUACAUGGAUGCUCUGGAGAAGAAGGUGGAGACCUGCUCCAACGAAAACAGCGAGCUGCGCAGGAAAGUGGAGACUCUGGAGUGUACAAACAAGUCUCUCCUGCAGCAGCUGCAGUCGCUCCAGGCAGCCGUGGCAGGAAAAGUUUCCAAGUCCUGCAGGAUGGUUGGCACCCAGACAUCAUCAUGCUUAAUGGUGGUUGUGUUGUGUUUCACGCUGUUUUUGGGGAGUUUUUAUCCCAGCAGCUUUACACCACGCUCAACCAUCACUGAAACGGGCCUCGCUUCCAAACAGCUGGAUGUCAAAGAGUCCUACACAGCUACAGUUAAGUCGAGGAGUCUGUUAUCGACUUUCGAAGACGAACAGCCGCACCUCCUCGGCCUGGGUGGUGAAUAUCCCGACCAAUGGGAGGACACGCCAGCCGUCGUGAUGGCAGCGUGGCGUCGCUCAGAGCAGCAGAAACUCGGGGUUGAGCCCACCAGGAUGGAAACACACCCACCUUUCAGGAAUAAAAGCAACGACACACAGACGUCAAAAAACCUGCUCCUUGACCUGCACAGGUCUCUGGAGCAGAGGACGAACGAGAGCAGAAGUAAAGUGAUAGAGCUGGAGAGAACAGUCAACGAGACUUCCUGAGAUUUAAAUUCACGCCAAAAAAAAAAUCCUCCUUUACUCCCCACGAUGACCUUUGACCCCUCUCUGGAGCAUGGUUCAGUGUCCUGGAGCAAACCUCAUAUAGAAGCUUCCACUGCUGAUAUUUUAAGGUCAUUCUUUUUAAUGCCAUCUCUGCUUAAUCAGAUACACUGUAAUGGUAGGAAUAAUAAAAGAGUAGAGGGGCACUGGUUGCCUUAAUUUCUGAACUAAAGUUGCACUGAAUAGUUUUUCACGAGUCAACUUACCAGUUGUAGUUGUUUUAAUUGAUCCGGCUCGAGACACUGUGUUUAAAAAUCACACUUAGAGAAUUUCAAAGAGAGUGUGGCAUUUAUUCGAGGCGUAAUUAUAUUAAAAUAUGACAUGUGAGGCUUUUUACAGGACACUGAUGAGAACCGUUUAUAUUUAUAGACACUUUUGUUGAUGUUUUUUUUUUUUUCAAAAUUUAUUGCUCUUUAUUGCUAUUAAAUGUUUUUAUUUCAUUCCAGUAAUGCGUACAGCCCAUUUUUAUACUUGUUUGUGUUCAUACUGUGUUUUGUCUUUUUAUUUUUAUUGUACUCUUUUUAUAUAUUCUUUUUUUUUUUCUUUUCGAGGGCCUAGCUUGGGGUUCCUGCAAAAUUAUAUUAUUUUUGUUCCUUUAUAGGUCAUGUUUGCCCAUUUGACCACAAAAUGCAAAGAGCUAACUGAGAUGAUUGAUACCACUGUUAUACCUGCAUGAUUAAUAUUGAGCUUGAGCUAAGCUAACUGCUUCUUAUUUACUGUUUAGACACUGCUGGCCUCAUUCUGGCGCUGAGCAUUGUCUAGUGAGGUUUUAGCAUACUUUGAAAAGUUUAGCUCAUCUGAAAGUGGCUAUGAAUGGUAUCGAUCUCAUCAGACUCUUGGUGUAAAAUCAGAUUGGAAUAGAAAAAAACAACAGCAUGUGAUUGGACAUUUAAAAGUAUGUUGAAACCACGGAUUCAGUUUCUGUAUCGUGUUUUUUUGUUUUUAUCUUAAAUCCUGCAACACUUUUGCCUUGCACACUUCAGCUGUCAGCUCCAGGAGUCUUUUACAGCUAUUUUACAGCAUUUGCCAAAAAUAUUUCUUUCGAGAAAUGAGAAAAAAAGUUUCUAUUUUUGUAAAUAUGAGUUGUUAAUAAAUGAGAACGUCUAAAUGUGUCUGGGAUCUGUAGUUUGUGAACCAAUCCAUUAUUCAUUCUGACUCUAUUUUGGGCUCUGUGCUGUUGAUAAAUUAUGAACGUAAGACGUCUUAGCCGCAGGCUUUGUCCUGACUUUCUGUUUAGCUUAAUUCCAGAUCACAGUGACUUUAAAAUGUCUUAACUGUCCACCUCAAGUGUGUUACACAUAGGUUUUAAAUGUCUGAGCUUUGCUGCCGUCAGCUGUAUGAUACCAAUCAGUAACAGAAGCUUUUUAAAUUAAAGUUAACCCCAGAACCUGUGGUAAUUUACAGCUCAGGAUUAAAAACAACAGUUUUUGACCAAAUCUACAGACUGUAAAGCCAAAAUAUGUAUUUGAAGCUUUGUCAAUAUCAAGAAAUGGAUUUGUCAGCUUUCAAUGACGAGCUUUACAUUUCUCACUGCCAGAACAGAAAGAUCAUCAGAGACUCGAGAUGAGCACGCUGCCCUUUUGUUACGCCAGAAAACUUUUUUCCAAAUAAAAUUGAAUUUCCUCGCUGCUUCUGUGUAAAACCAGCCUUUCUGUCUUCAUGCUUUCAAACAAAUAAAGUAUUUUCCUUAGUAAAAGCAUAAUA